AAGAAAGUCAGGGUGGGCUUGGGCAAAUUAAGGAAAGUAGGAGCUGAUUUUUGAAAACAAGAUUAUUAUAUAAGCAGCAGCUAGGGUUUAUUGAGGGUCUCUGGAGCAAAGUGUGAGUCGCCGCACGAGAGGAGGAGAGAUGUCUCACAGGAAGUUUGAGCACCCAAGACAUGGUUCCUUGGGAUUUCUUCCAAGGAAGAGAGCUUCUCGUCACAGGGGAAAGGUGAAGGCUUUCCCCAAGGAUGACCCCACUAAGCCUUGCAAGCUUACUGCCUUUUUGGGUUACAAGGCUGGGAUGACACACAUUGUCAGGGAGGUCGAAAAACCUGGGUCAAAGCUUCACAAGAAGGAGACCUGCGAGGCUGUUACAAUCGUUGAGACACCCCCAAUGGUGGUGGUUGGAGUCGUUGGUUAUGUUAAGACACCACGUGGUCUGCGUUCUCUGAACACUGUUUGGGCUCAGCAUCUUAGUGAGGAGGUGAAAAGAAGGUUCUAUAAGAACUGGUGCAAGUCCAAGAAGAAGGCAUUCACAAAGUACUCAAAACAGUAUGAGACUGAUGAAGGAAAGAAAAGCAUCCAAGCCCAGCUUGAGAAGUUGAAGAAAUAUGCCACUGUUAUUCGUGUUUUGGCCCACACUCAGAUCAGGAAAAUGAAGGGAUUGAAGCAGAAGAAAGCUCACCUAAUGGAGAUCCAGGUCAAUGGUGGAACUGUUGCUCAGAAGGUGGAUUAUGCCUACGGGUUUUUUGAGAAGCAAAUCCCAAUUGAUGCUGUCUUCCAGAAGGAUGAAAUGAUUGACAUCAUUGGUGUCACCAAGGGUAAAGGUUAUGAAGGUGUUGUCACUCGUUGGGGUGUCACCCGUCUGCCUCGUAAAACCCACAGGGGUCUCCGCAAGGUGGCUUGUAUUGGUGCCUGGCAUCCAGCUAGAGUUUCAUUUACUGUUGCCAGGGCUGGUCAGAAUGGAUAUCAUCACCGUACCGAAAUGAACAAGAAAGUUUACAAACUUGGCAAAGCUGGACAGGAGUCCCACACUGCUAUAACUGAGUAUGACAGGACUGAGAAAGGUAUCAAUCCAAUUGGUGGUUUCCCUCACUAUGGUGAGGUGAAGGAUGACUACAUAAUGAUCAAGGGAUGCUGUGUUGGAACUAAAAAGAGGGUUGUUACUCUCCGCCAGUCUCUGCUUACCCAGACAUCUCGGUUGGCUCUGGAGGAGAUUAAGCUCAAGUUUAUUGAUACAUCUUCAAAGUUUGGACAUGGCCGCUUCCAGACAACACAGGAGAAACAGAAGUUCUUUGGACGUCUGAAGGCAUAAUUAUGUUUUUUUAGUAUCAAAUUUUGUGUCAGUACUAGUAAAUUAGUCUAUUAAGAUUGUUAUGCCCCUGAUAUUUUUGCUUAUGAUGAUUAUUUUCUGUUUUAAGAUCGGAUAUUUGAAGUGUUAAAGAGUUUGAACUGUUUCAUUUCAGUUGAAUUACUUUUGAGUAUGAGUUUCCAUAUUUUGCUUUCAA